AUUACUUUACUUUUUUUGUUGUUUCAGGCAAUGGAUGCGCUACAAGGGAAGGAUCUUGGAGGUGCCAGUAUGGAGAUUUCUUUAGCUAAACCUCCAUCUGAUAAAAAGAAGAAAGAAGAAGUUCUUAGAAAUAGAGAAAAACGACUUAUGCAGAUGCUUGCACAGAGAGGGGAUGAAGGACUUUGGUACCUAGAUGAUGUACGGAUUGCAGAGAGAGAGCCACACACAGGACAAAGGAUGCCUGUGCCCCCGGCCAUGCUGCGUGGUGGGCGGGGAGGGGGUCGAGGGGGCGGUCGCAGUGACUAUGAUUAUGAUUACGACUAUUAUGGUUAUGGAGAUUAUCAAGGUGGCUACAGUGACCCGUAUUACGACGACUAUUACCGUUAUGAAGAUUACUAUUACGAUUACUCCCCGUAUCCUAUGGGGCGUGGUCGCACCAAAUCAGUGCCGGCUGGCCGUGGGUAUGGUAUGGCGAACCGUGGCCGCGGCGCUGUCCCCUCCCCCCGUGGGGGGCGGGGUAUGGUGCCCCGAGGGGGGGCCAUGGGGGGGCGUAUGACUCGGCCACCACGCGCGGGGCAGGGGUUCAGAGGGUCCGCCAGGGGGGCAAAUCUAGCAGGUAAAAGAAAGUUGGAUGGCGGGCACCAGAACGAGGGGGACUCAAAGAGACGGUUCCAGAACACCGGUGCUAGCUGGGGGAACCAGCCUAUCCCACAGCAGCCGCUGAGCUCAUACAGUGGGGCCAACGGCAGCAAGUACGGCGGGGCAGGCGGGGACCAGCAAUGGUACCACGACAGCUAUCCACAGUCGUGGAGCUGAGGUGUAAGCGGGUGGGCCGCCAGCACCAGGUGUAGAGGGUGGGGCGGGGGCAUGGCGGGGCACAACUCCACCAAGUACAGCAUGCUGGUCUGUCCAGAAAAGCCUGUUAUCAGGCAGAGGAGGACAUUCCUGCCAUUUGUAUGUAUGGGAGAAGUAUCGGUGCUAGCAUCUGAUACAGAGCCCAUGGAUGAUGGCCGUCCCACCAGUGCUGCGUCAGUGGGGCCUGGAGAGGGCUGGCUGCCAAUUCUCGGUCGUACUUUUGUGUGGCCGGGGUGAGGGGCCGCAGUCCACCCCACCAGUGAGACAUGUACCUGAAAAACAUCUCCACCAUACCCAAACCCACCAGGUCAGUUGGGUAAUAAAACAUAACUAAAUCUAGUAGGAGGAAGUCUCACAAGAGUGCUGCUCUAAAUUUAAUCACUGUUAACCACUAGGAUGAAAAAAAGCCAAACUGUGUUCAUAAAAUUUCAAUCCAAGUGGUUUUAAUGAGCAGGCUGUUUUAUUCCCGCUUACUUUGUGUUUCACAUGCAAUCUUCUUGUCUUUCAAUAAAAUCUAAAAGAAUAGAUCCCAUAACAAACCUCUAAUAUGUCAAGCAGUUUGCCCCCCUAGUUCUGGAGACUAAUCAAUUCAAUGGAAAUGGUUAGUGGAAAAAUACCUGCCCAAAUUCCUGUAUUAGAAUAAUUGAUGUCAGUGCUACAACAGCAGUACCAUUUCCUAUUAUUCAGGUGUGUCAUCAAUAAAGAUUUUGCCUUCCUCUUCUUCAUGAAGUAUGAUACAAGGUCAUUAAUUAAAGGGGAAAUUGCCAAUGGAAUUUUCUUGUUUAUUAGCAUUACAAGCAUCUUACCAAAGUUAUAGCAGCAUCAGUAUCAGAACCUUCCAUCCAGUUUGCCCCAUAUUACACUGUUUAUACAUAUUUUUUUCCCCCCAAAAAAAGGCGGUCCUGCAUGCACAUUUCAGUGACCACACUAUUUUCUUUUGGUAUCCCUAAAUGCUGUGUCCACUGAAUAACUCUUGAACCUUGCUACUUGAUUUGUAGUUCUUAGUUGGCAUUAAGCAGUUGCUCAGUGCAAGAUUGAUUCAAUGCUCGUGAACAUAUUGGAAUGUUGUCAGAAACCAAUUCAAUGGAACCCAAUAAUUUAAGAUUUAACCCAUAUAGGUAUUGCAGUAUUUGUGAAUUAAAGCAUGAUUUUAUGGAUUUUCUUAUGUACUAAUUAGAAAUAUCCAUAUUCAGUGAUUGUAGACUGAUUGAGGUGAUUGAUGUAGACUGAUUGGUCAGAAAAUAAAUUUGUUUGGAUCUGUACAUAUCUGGAUGCAAAUGUUACUCAUGCGAUCUGUGGAAGAGUGAGCAGUGUAUGAGACACAUUGCCAGUCACAGGGAAAGAUUUGGUGUGUUUGGAUGACAAAGCAGUUAUCUGUGGUGGAGAUUGGACCAACUGGCUGUGACUAAUUUGCGAAGACUUGAAAUGUAGAGUUUAUUGUGUGUGUUAUCUAGGGGCUCUCAAGUGGAGAAUGUCUGGAAUCUGAAAUUGGUUUUCAGUAUUCCAGAUUCUCAGUCCUUUUGGACAGAUUGUGGUUCCUGAUAAUGAAUUGUUGUAUUCAUAGUUAUAAGAAUUUCUUGUGAUAAGUAAACCAGAGCUAGUUAAUAGAUGCUCCUUUUUUUUAAGUAUCAUUAUAUGAUAAUUGGACAGCACUCUUUUAUAAGUUGUGCGGAUACUAUUUUUUUUUUUAUAUAGGAUUCAUUUAGGUAUAAUAUUUUUAAAAAUGUUACUUCAAGAUUUAAAUUUAUUAUUAUAAGUUUAUUUAGGCAAAAAAUAUGUAUUUCUAAACAGUUAUGUUAUUCUCAUUUAAUUGGCUAAUUACAGUAAGGCAUUUUUAUUAUGUGAAGCUGUGCCUCUGUCAGUACAGAUGAAAAGAAAUUAGGUUACAGUAGAAAUUGAUUGGAUCCUCAAGUUACCAAACUUGUGAUGACCUUGGACCAGACUAGAUAAACUACAUACUGAGAAUUGGCACUUGAAUGAGUUCAAUUUGGCUCAUAUAUGUCUUGUUAAAAAGUUGAAGGUGAUUUAGUGGAAAUUAGAUGUAAUUUUAGCUAAUGCCAGAUGUAUAAAUUGGGUUUGCCAGUUGUGGUGUCAGCUACAUACAUGUAUGGUUAAAAAAAAAAUAUAAAACCCUACAUUAAAUUCUGAUGUGUCAGAGAGACUUGUUAAACCACUCCUGUGGUGGUGUUACACCACUACUGUUGGGGUGUUAAACCACUACUGUGGUGGUGUAACACCACUACUGUGGUGGUGUAACACCACUACUGUGGUGGUGUAACACCACUACUGUGGUGUUGUAACACCACUACUGCCACUCACUAUAGGAGACAGGUGAUACAUCACCCCUUCCUCUGACACUAUAGGGGAGGUGGGGGUGUUACAUCACCCCUCCCUCUAACAUUAUAGGUGAGGUGGUGUUGGUUGGUGCACUUCUCAAUGAUAAUGUUCUCCACAUUCUUACAUACUCAACAUGCCUGGCCAUUAGAAAUUGUUUUAUGUGUUUUCCUGCAUAUUGAGUGGGUAAUGUUGAGAAAAAAUCUUGCUAAUAAUGUUUAAAGAAAUUUUUAAAGAUUUCUAAGCUUCAUAUAUGAUGAAAAUAUUACAUUUACCUAACUCUUGUAGCUAUGGACAACACACUGUGCUUCAUUUUAUCAUUAUUAUAUUUUCUAAAGUGUAUAGUAAAAAAAAAGUUAUAUAUUCAAAAGUGUAUAGUAAAUAUUGAUGAACAUAGUGAUAUAUUCUAAAGAAUAUAGGGAAAUUUCUGAAAUAUAUUGUUGUAGUAUUCUGGGACAUCAUAAAAUAUUGAGAGUGCAUGCCAUGUUGUACUAAGAACAUGAGACAUUUGCUAUUUCUAAUAAAUCAUUUGUAAUAUAGCAUGAAGCAGUGGUGGUAGUAGUAGGUAUGCAGUGUGGAUUAUGUUAAUGGCUAGUAAUGAUCAUCAACAAGUAAGUGUUUUUGACCAUAGGAGUCAUUGCUAAUACAUUAACUGCUGUAGUAUUUUAAUUUUCAGACAAAGACUUGCCUCUUCAUUGACUUUUGUUCAGCCAAGUUUAAUAUGGCAUACCUUAAGUAUGGACACUUGACUUUGGUAGGACAUUUCCCUUUAUUUUCUCUACCGUACCGUCGAUCACACAACGUCCACAAAGAUUUGUUAAAGAGUUUGUCAGGAGAUAUUGGUGAUGUAUUCCUGUACUGUACACUGUAAGGUUAGUAUGUUCAAGAGGUGGUUGCCUUAGCCAAGAGGACUGAAGGGAGGUUGUACCACAAGCUGGAUCUUGGGAGUCUCAGACUCGACUGUACCCAGUGAUUGAAUGGAAGUAAAGGAGAUUUCCAUUGG